AUGUUGCCUGGGUCCUCCCUCAAGUGGUGUGGCUGUGGUGGUGGCGAUGAGGUGGCAGCAGCAGUGAUGCAAGGAGGAGAGGGUGGUGGUGGUGAGGUGGUGAUGGAGGAGAGGAGGAGGAGGAGGAGGAGAGGAGGAGGACGAGAGAGAGGAGGACGAGAGGAGGAUGACGACGAGGAUGAGGAGAUAGGUGGCUACUGGUGCACGUACGAGGAGGCAUUUAUGGGUCUGGGCUGGAACAACAUGCGAUACAUUAUCGAAACCGCUCUUUUACAUGGCCAGUUACUUAACCGUACAGUUAUCACACCUUCCUUUGUCUAUGCAGCGAUUCAGGAGGAGGAGGAGAGGUGGCAGUGGUGCAAGGAGGAGGAGGCAGUGAAUGAUGAGAGGAAAUACGCACCACUUGAAAAUUACAUCCAGGCUCUUGGGGUGUGCACUUCCAGCCCAGCUGGCUUCUGCCACAUCAGCAGUUGUACUGUCGCACAAACCCAAAAUCAUUCCUGGUUAACCAAUAGACUUGUGGUGACAUUGAGGGCAGGACGUCUGGGAUGGCUGGCUGGUUGCUGGUUACGGUGUGAGGUGGCUGUUGUGACAGUGAAGAGAGUGGUGAAUUUUGCAAUAGUGAAGAGACCUGUGAUGAAUAAGUGGGGGGUAGUUUUCUGGUGGAGUAUAUUCAUUUCGGAUGAUGAUACUGUAUUGCGAGCUAACACGGUAACACAGGAACGAUAUGUCAGCCCACGUACCAGUCAAACAAUGCUCCAGUGGUUUUACAGGCUGAAAUGCGAGUAUACAGCACUUGAUAUUACUGAAGAGGCUCUAGCUACCAGCCAGGCACUCCUUGACCAGCGAGGGAGGGUGCACCAAGAUGGAGGGAGCCGAACAGCAAGGAAGGCUAAAAAAAAGAAAGCCACCGCAAAAAAACAAGUUGUUGCUACUGAGAGAUGGGGGAAGUGGGAGGUUGUGCAAAGACUUGCCACCAGGUAG